CACAUCAUGCUUUUAUUGUGAAGGACUCCGGAAGCGGUCCUUCAGGAACAACAGCUUCUUCUGCCGUUAGCAGCAGUCAGUCGCAGCAGCAGGUAGGAGCUGUUAGCAGCAGUUAGCAGGUAGCAGCAGUGUGCGGGCAUGUCACGGCUCCAGGAUCUCCGCGUGUUCGUCGGUCAGCGGCUCGACGCAGUGCUCGAGGAGAUUCUGGGAGUUUUUGAGAAAACGCUCUUGAGGUACGAACAGGAAGCGGCUCUGAAUCAGCAAGUCAUUUCCCGCCAGCACGCGCUGCUCUGCGCGCUACACAAACCGCUCAUGGAGCUUCCGUCCGCAGACGCCCUCACCCAGCAGCUGAUGGUCAGUCACAAAGUGGCUCCCCCUCAGGACCAGGACCAGGGGUUCCCGGAUCCCCCACAGGAUAGAGUUGAGCUUCAGGACCUGGAUGAGGCCGACAUCAUCCAGUUUACCUACAGUAGACCAGGUUCCACUCGGACAGAACCAGGAUCAGCAGAUCUGGAUCAGGACGUCCAGCUGGUGUCAUCUGAGACUGAGGACAGCGAUGACUACAGCAAAGACCCAGCUGAGACUAGAUCUCCUCCAGCCCAGUCCAAACCGAAGCGGGGCCGCAGACCAGGAAGCGGUCUGAGGUGCCGGGUCUGCAGCCGGACCUUUAAGUCCCAGCAGUUCUUAAUGAGACACAUCAAGGCUCACCUGCAGGAGGAGGAGCUGGUGUGUGGCAUGUGUGGGGAACGAUUUGAAGCCUCAGAGAGUCUGAAGAUCCACAUCCAGACCCACCAGGCCGCUCAGCAAAACCAGCCCAUGACCCAGGGCAGAGAGACACAGUGUCUCUCAGAGCCAAACACAAACGUCCAGACAAGGCAAAGAAAGCACACCUGUGACAACUGUGGGAGGAGCUUCUUCCAGGUGUGGAAGAAGAAGAGGCACAGGUGUGUCACCUGGAGGAAGAAGGGGGACGAUCCUGAGGGGACAAAGACGUAAUGCACAGAUCCAGAUCAGACCUGUUGUCAGUCUAUCCAGACAAAACUGAAACUGCUUCUGAGCUGAGAGCAAAAACUUUUACUGAGUUUAAGUUUUAUUUUUUACAAUAAAGAUGUCGAAGACUUCGGGGACGUCUGAGACUUUGAAGACACAAACUUUCAGAAAACUUUAUUUUCUCUUUGUAAAUGUUUGAGACUGAAGUUAUGAAGUAAUUUUAACUUUUAGAAAGAUUCAAACUUUCUCUCUGCAGGUGUUUCAGGUGUUUUGUUGCUAGUUGCUUCUUCGUGCGUCGUUGUUCCGAACACACUGAAGUUCAUCAGACUGCAGCUCGUUAAACUGGUCUCAGAUCAGCUGCUGUCAGCUCAGUAAGACUCUGAUGAAGGUUUUUUGUUGGUUCUGAUGUUGUUGACAUCUCUCAGGUUCUGUUUCUACUGAAUUUAAUAAAAAACAUUUUCUACCUGAA